AUGGCAGAAUUCUCCGCCAACAACCAAGUUUCCGCAUCUACCAAAUCUACACCAUUAUUCGCAAACUAUGGCUUCCACCCCCAGUAUACAGUUACGAUUAAGCCACUUGAUAGGACCCCACCGAGCCUCAAUGCUAAGGACUUUACUUUGAAGAUGAAAGAGCUCCACGAACACCUAUGUUCCAUUAUCUGCACGGCGCAAGACCAACAAAAAGAAGCUGUUAAUGCCAAACAAAUGCCUGGCCGGUGCUAUAAUGUCGGCAAUAUAGUGUUUGUUUCAGCAAAAAAUAUCCGAACUGCCCGUAAUUCUCGAAAGCUAGGCUGGAAGAAGCUGGGCCCGUUACCUGUCAAAGAAAUGAUAUCGCCAUAUGCAUACCGAAUCGACCUGCCUAGGAACAUGAAAAUGCACCCCGUUUUCCAUGUAUCGCUGCUAGACCUCGCUGCACAUGAUUCCGUUCCCGAGUAA